ACUCAAUUCAAUUCAAUUUUCAGAUUUUACUUUAUCAAAUUCCUUCAAUUCAUUCAUUUAUUAUCUUCAUAACCGUUAUGGUAAAACUCAGGCAUUCUCGCGUGGGACUUCGAAGACCGUCGCUAACAACUUUACAGAUACUGAUCCUCACAUUGGCUGUGGUCUUCACAAUCCUCAUUCUCAUUCUCUUAACUCUCCGUAUUCCUAAUUCCAACCCCCUCAACUCUAUCUCUCAUAGUAACACUCUCAGGUUUCUAUUCAAUUCCACUACUACAACUCUUUUUCCUUUCUUUCUCUUUAUAUCUCUCUCAUUAUCAUAUGUUCGAUGCAGAAGUGAAGAUGAUGCCAGAGAGCGUUGGGUUGAAAUCAUAUCAUGGGAGCCUAGAGCCUUUCUCUAUCAUCAUUUUCUGACAAAAAAUGAAUGUGAACAUCUAAUCAAUAUAGCCAAGCCUAGUUUGCAUAAGUCAGCUGUUGCUGAUAAUGAAACAGGAAAGAAUUUGAACAGCAGUGUACGGACAAGCUCUGGAACUUUUAUCGGGAGAGGAUAUGAUAAAAUUGUGAAGCGGAUUGAGAAAAGAAUAGCUGAUUUUACUUUUAUACCUGUAGAACACGGCGAAAAUCUUAAUGUUCUCCAUUAUGAAGUUGGACAAAAGUAUGAUCCUCAUUUUGACUACUUUAGAGAUAAGUAUAAUACUAGGAAUGGGGGUAACCGUAUAGCAACAAUGCUCAUGUACCUUUCAGUUGUUGAAGAAGGGGGUGAGACGGUGUUCCCAAAUGCCAAGGGAGAUUUUAGCUCAGUUCCUUGGUGGAAUGAACUUUCUGAUUGUGGCAAAAAAGGACUUUCAAUUAAGCCAAAGAUGGGCGAUGCUAUACUUUUCUGGGGCAUGAAGCCUGAUUCAACUUUAGAUCCAUCGAGUUUGCAUGGUGCUUGUCCUGUAAUCAAGGGUGAUAAGUGGUCAUGUGCCAAAUGGAUGCGGAUGGCUAAAUACAGAACCUGAAUAUGCAUUAUUGUAGGUUGUUAUCUCUCCUUUUUUUUUGUUAUAAUGAUAUAAAUACAAAUAUAAGUAUAGUUUUACAGUUACAGAGCUACAUGUGUUUAUUUAGAAAUGUCAUACAUAUAUUGUACCUAAUCAAGUUAUACUUUAUUUCUCUCCCUAUAAAACAGUUCUAUAACAGAUUACUGUAUAAUAGAUUACAUAAUGAUCUUUCCCAAAAUGCUCAAAUUGCUUAACAUGAGAAUUCAAUUGCCUUCUGCAUUAUUACAGUGCAACAUUGUACAAGACCCUGAAUAAAUUGAUCACAAUUCAAUUCAAUUUUCUUUCCUUUUGAAUAUAGUUUAAUACAUCAAGCUACUUUCUGGUUUCUGGUUUCUGUAUUUGCUUUCUACUUUAGAAAUUUAGUACUUCAUCCGUUCCACAAUGAGUGAUCAAGUUGAUCAUUUCACACAUAUUAAAAAAGUAUAGAAAUGAAAGAGAGAAUGAUGUUUUUACUAAGUAUUGAGAGUGAUAAAAGUAGGAAUAAUUAAAGGGUACAAUUAAAAAAAAAAGAAAUUAAUUUGCAUUGUAAAUUGAAAUGAGUCAUGGGACACUUUAAAUAGUAUGCUUGUUGUAUGGAUUCAAUCCAUAACAACUUGCUUUUUCUAGUUGAUUGCUUCAUCAAAAUAUGUAAACUGGGUGGGGUGUAAACAUUAGAGUUUCAGCAAAUCUCUAUAAACUAAGCUUUUUCAUUUUCUUCAGAAAAUUGCAGAGAAUUCAAUUCAAGAACAAUAACAAGGAGUUAAACCCGUAAAAUACUAGCAAAAUUUGGUAAUAUAUGAAAAAAACAGAAAAGCCAUUUAAAAAACAGUAUCAUCAAGUGAUGCCAAUUUGGCAUGAUGUUUU